AUGACUACAAUUACAAACAUCCCAUCAUUCGAAAUCGUUCAAGGUUGGAACGUAGCUGAUGUUAUAAAUUUUUUAGAAUCUAAUAAUGGUUAUUUUUCUCUUAACAACACUGAACUUGGAAAUAUCGAGAAUAGUGGGUUUAAUGGUCCAGCGUUACUCGAUACAAACAAAGAUGAACUUGUGAAAGAUGUUGGUUUAAGAUUAGGGCCAGCCAAAAAUGUUGCAAGAAUUGUCGCUCAGAUAAACGACCAAAUAUUUAUUACUCGUUCCUAUGGUUUGCCC